ACCAUGCAUGUUUUCCCUUGAUGAACAUACACAAAAACAUCUAAGAUGGGUUCCGAGCAAGUAGCCAAAAAGCCUCAUGUUGUUUGUGUUACAAUCCCAUUUCAAAGCCAUAUAAAGGCCAUGCUCAAGCUAGCAAAACUCCUCCACCACCGAGGUUGCCAUAUCACUUUUGUCAACACAGAGUUUAACCACAAACGCUUUCUUAAAUCUCUCGGACCCAACUCCCUCGAUGGCUUGCCUGAUUUCCGGUUUGAAACCAUUCCCGACGGCCUUCUAGUUUCGGAUGAAGAUGCGUCGCAAGACGUCGGUCUGCUUUGCGGAUCGAUAAGGAAGAAUUUCCUGGCUCCGUUUCAUGGCCUCCUCACAAAACUCAAUGACUUGGCAAGUACGUCAGACAUUUCUCCUAGGGUGACUCACAUAGUUUCAGAUGGUUGGAAUGCCUAUGUCGUUAAGGCAGCAGAAAAACAUCAAAUACCCGUCACACUCUUUUUCACUAUGAGUGCAAGCAGCAUCAUGGCCUAUGCGCACUUCCCCACUUUGAUGGAAAAAGGAAUAGCACCGAUCAAAGAUGAGAGCUAUUUGACAAACGGGUAUUUGGACAAGGUCGUAGAUUGGAUUCCAGGAUUGAAAGGUGUCCGGUUAAGGGAUCUCCCGACCAACUUUCAAGUCACAGAUCCUGAUGACAGCGUCUGGAACUUUGUCCUUGAUGCAAUGGAAGCACUUCCUAAAGCUGAAGCCGUUCUUCUUCAUACAUUCGAUGCGUUGGAACAAGAUGUUGUUGAUGCUCUCACCUCUGUAGUUCAUCCACGUUUUUAUUCCAUGGGCCCUCUCCAAUCACUCCUAAAUCACAUACCAAAACACCCCUUGGAACCUAUUGGAUACAGUCUGUGGAAAGAAGAAACUGAGUGCCUCCAGUGGCUCAACUCCAAGGCGCCAAAUUCAGUUGUUUAUAUCAACUUUGGAAGUAUAAUGGUCAUGACAUCAAAACAACUUAUAGAGUUUGCUUGGGGACUUGCAAAUACCAAGCUUCCCUUUUUUUGGGUGAUUCGACCCGAUUUGGUUGUUGAUGAAUCAACUAUGUUGCCACCGGAGUUUGUGGCAGAAACCAAAGAAAGAGGUCUGAUAACAAGUUGGUGCCCGCAAGAGCAAGUGCUGAACAACCCGGCAGUUGGAGGGUUUCUAACACACAGCGGCUGGAAUUCAAUCGUUGAGAGUGUGAGUGCAGGAGUGCCUAUAAUCUGUUGGCCAUUCUUCUCGGACCAACAAACAAAUACUUGGACUGCUUGCAAGAAAUGGGGCAUUGGCAUCGAGAUCAUGAGUAGUGAUGUGAAGAGAGACGAAAUAGAGAAGCUUGUUAUAGAGGUAAUGGAAGGAGAGAAGGGUAAGGAAAUGAGAAACAAGGCCAUGGAGUGGAAGAAACUCGCAGAAGAAGCUACUGAUCCACAUGGUUCUUCAUCCAAAAACUUGGCCAACUUAGUUUCACUAAUCCAAUCUAAUCUGCUUUUCUAAUUAGUGAAUCAUGUAGUAGAAUGAGAAAGAGCCAGUUGAUACACCUGAGGUCAAUAAACUAGCUAGCACAAUGUUGUUUGGU